AUGGACACCUCCGACGAACUCAACAAGUCAUCCUCCGCCCAUCCCGAGCCCACCUCCGCCGCAGCCCAACCUCUCCUCUUCAAACCAUACCCGCCGCUCGAGCCGCCUAUCGCCUCCAUCUCCGGUCACGACGAAGAAGACCAAACACAGUACCUUCAGAUCUCUUACAAUCACGGCCCUCGCGCCGUUAAGGACAUACCCUUUCUCCUUCUCUUUUGUCUCCUCGUACUCUGCACCUUCGGAUUUGGGAUAUUCGCCUCUGUCCGCAGAAACCCUCACCGCCGCCAAAUAUCAUCCUUCAUCUACAAUACGACGUCGACCUCUUGUUCCCUGCUAAAGAGCGAUGCCGAUUUCCCAGUAAAUGCCCCAAGAUCGACACUUUUAGCCGACUUGAUUGAUAAUCCACCAUUUUCAGACUACCCCACGACCUUAAAUUCCAUAAAUUCGGGUGUCCUGAGGAGCUUGAUAUGGACUCUAAUUAUAACCCUGAUUUUGAGCGGCCCCUUUGUUUUAUCCGUGCUUAUGCUGCUCAAACACUACACUAAGCAGAUAGUUUACGCCUCGAUUCCCUUUUUCUUGAUAGUCCCGAUCGCCAUUAACAUUUACUGGUUCGUUGCUUGCACUGUGAGCUCGGCCUGCAGCCACGAUUUUCCCCUCGCGUAUCGAAUAUUUGUAUUGAUCUUCGUGUUCUUGAUAAUUGGGGUGAUUAUAUGGAUUUUCUUAGUCAAUUGGCAUAGAAUUGAGCUGACUGUGAGAAUAAUCCGCGUGGCCUCUAAUGCAUUGUCGAAAAAUUUAGGGAUAUUUGGGGUUCUUCCAGUUCUGAUUCUUGGAUUGUUUGUCUACUGUGUCCCGAUUGUUGUGUUUUUGAUAUUUGCCGAUUGGAAUGGGAAAAUUGUGCCUAGAGAAAAAGAUGGUGAGAUCGUUUGUGUGUGGAAAAGGGAUAGUUGGGUGCCUGCUUAUUACGCAUUGGCGAUUUUAACGAUGCUGUGGUCUAUGGCUGUUAUGGUGGAGGCUCAGGUGUAUGUGAUUAGUGGGACCAUUGCACAAUGGUACUUCUCGAAGGAUGAUGAUGAGUCGGGUCCUAAGCAUGCGAUCAGAAGUUCCUUGAGAAAUGCAUUUGGCUCCUCCUCAGGAACAAUUUGUCUUUCGGGAUUGCUGAUUUGUGUGGUUCGCGUGGUUCGAUCGGUGGUCGAUAGCGCAAGACAGGAAAAUGCAUCGGGGAUUGUGAACUUCAUCCUACGGUGCUGUGCGAAUGCUCUACUCUCAGCCGUUGAUUUCCUGAACAAGUUCACGAUCAACUUUGCCGCCAUAACUGGGGAGUCCUAUUGCAAAGCAGCUAAAAUGACUUACGAGCUUUUGAGAAGGAACCUCUUAUCGACCGUGUUCGUGGAGACUGUGUCGACUCGAAUAUUGGCGGGGAUCGUGCUUGUUUUGUCGGCAAUUUAUGCGAUUGUGGUUUGUGUUCUCCUAAAAGCCGUUUUCCACCUAAGCAACGAAGCCUAUUUUGUGGUUGUCAUUUCGUGGGCUUUGUUAAUCGUGAUUCUCGGUUUCUUUGUGCACGUUUUGGACAAUGUUAUUGACACGGUUUAUGUGUGCUACGCCAUAGACAAAGACAGUGGAGAAGUUUACAAACAAGACGUGCAUGAAGUUUAUGUUCACUUGCCCAUCAGUCGAAGCCACCAGCCGGGUUUCAUGUCAAGAAAUCCUCUUGUCGUGUAA